AUGGAGAAAAGCUUCGCCUCCUUCACCAUUAUCACCUUCGUAUUAUUCGCCGUCUCCGCCGCACGUAUCUCCUUAAAUCCACCGGCGACGAAUCUGCCUGCUCUACAGUGUAGUGGUAAUGACGAAUCGAAGACUAUGAAGGCUCUGCCGCGCCCUGCCACAACCGAAGAUUCAAAUAUUAUUCUCCCGAGCGACACGCCGAAAUCAAACUCCGAUGAAACUGGUAAAACGUCGGAAACGAAUAAGGCUCGGAUGCAUAAAGUUGAUUUGACUCCACGUUCGGAUUUCGCUAGAUUUCAUGCGAUUAACCGUCAUUUCUUCGAUCAAUCUCGAAUUCCGCUCCAUUCCGCUCAUCACCGACGUCCUAACCGGCAUUCUGUAAAUCCGUUUCCUCGACCGGAGAUCUCGCGUGGAAAAGAAGCGGUUUUGUUUGGUGAAAGUGAAACCAGUAAGGUUGAUGCAGAGAAUUUCCACCGGAAAGGUCCAUUGAAGCGGAUGAACUCCAAACAUGAUUACGGACAUCGUCGCCAACGCCACCGAUACCACCACAACCUUCAUCGUUACAACAAUGGCGUUUCCCCUAAACAUAUGUUCAGUCGAGAGAAAGUGAAGAGUUUGGUGCGUCAACACAAGGAGAAAAAGAGUCGGAGAGAGCAUGAAGCUGAAGCUGGUUUCAUGAAAGGCAUCCGUAAAUUCUUGAAGCACGCUUUCGACUGA